AUGCGGUGUCAAACUUCAAAGUUACCGAAUAAGUUUCUUGUUGUUUUUGUAUAUACAAGUGUUAUGUUUAAGUUUUGUGGUGGCGAUGAUUCUUCCGAGGAAUAUUACCAAAAUGAAUCCAUGAGUUUAAUUGACGAAAAUGUUAAUUCGAUCGAAGAAAAUCCGUCAAGAUUUUGUUUUGAGAACAUUACUCACGGAUUAUUAAAUCAAACUUGGUGCGAAACGACCGUAAGCAAAAGAUUCGUUUUUCCUUGCGUAAACCCAUGCAGAAAUAACGAUGGAACCUUUACUAUGAGAAGAUGCGAAAUAAUUAAUGGAAUUCCAACUUGGUCAAAAAUUUACAACCCUUGUAAUUACCCCAACUUAUCAAAUUUAACAACGUUUUUGAGUUCGGCAAAUAACCAAUUUUCUGCAAAUACAUUAAAUGAUGUAUCGGCAUACAUCAAGAAUCAAAACGCAAUAUUAACUGAAUUAGACGUUGAAUUAACAGCGAAUAUCUUAGAGAACGCAUCACAUCAGCCUACAAAAAUAGAGCAUAAAGAGUCGUUUUUUAGUGUCAUAAAUAAUUUACUCUACGCGAAUCAAUCCGUAUUUAAGUCUUCGCGAAAUUUUGGCUCAACCGAUAAGAUCAUUAAAUCCACAGAUAAUUUCGUAAUCGGUUUAUCGGAAGAAACGGAAUCUUAUUCGAUAAAUUUAACAAACGUUGCGUUUGAAUUAAUCGAACCUCAAACUAACUCAAAAGAAGAUUACUUCAAUAUUAAUUUUAAUAACGUAGUUGUGAAAAUCCCGAUUGAUAUUUUAAAUACUUCUAUGUUAACGACCUUUAAAUCGAAUAAUUUAUUUCUUGAAGGAAACGUCGUUAGUGAUAUCGUCGAUUUAAAAGUUUUGGGUGUAGCACAAAUCUUGAAUAAUACAAUUAGCAUCUAUUUACCCGUUGAUCCUUUAAUUGAAGUUAAUUGUUCGUUUUGGAGGUUUGAAGGUGAAGUUGGAAAUUGGUCAAUUGAUGGUGUUGAAACGAUAAGAUUAAGUGAUGAUCUUGUUGAGUGUAGAACGAAUCAUUUAACCGCGUUUGUUUUAUUAGGAAUUUCUGAUAGAAUUUUCGAAAAUUUAUCGGAAACGAAUCAAAUAAUUUUGCAAAUAAUUAGUACGAUUUUAUGUUCGUUUUCGUUAAUAGGAUUAAUUAUAAUAUUUAUAACUUGUUUCUUUAUAAAAAAAUGGUACAGAAAACGAAUUAAUACAAUCCAAAUUUCGGCUGUAAUAACUUUGGAAAUCAUUUUAAUUUUUUUAAACGAUGUAAUUACGAUUAUCGAUGGUUUAUUUUGCAAAUUUUUUGGGAUUACAAUGCAUUAUUUAGUUCUUGUAAAAUUCGUUGUGAUGUUUUUCAUCGCCAGGAGGCAAUUCGAAAAUUUCGUCACCGUUUUAACCAGCAGAAAUAGAUCCCGAAACUUCUUAAUCACCACUUUCAUCGCUUUCUCAAUCCCGAUUAUAAUAGUCGGAAUUUCAGCGGGAAUAUUCCCCGAUCAUUACAAUUCCGGAGAUGUUAACUUUUGUUAUCCAAAAUCCGAAGCGUUUAUUUACUUCUUAAUAAUUCCCAUUGCGUCAAUUCUUGUUGCAAAUAUCAUUAUUUUUAGUUUGGUUAUGUUCAAAAUUUCUGGUAGCAUUUCGAGAGAUAAAAAACAAAAAAUUUUGCAAACUAAGUUAGCUGUGAUGUUGUUCUUUAUGUUAGGAUUAACUUGGAUUUUUAGCGUUCUUUCUCACGCGGUUCAAACACUCUGGGUUCAAUUAGCGCUGAUUUAUACGUUUGCAAUUUUGUCACCUUUACAAGGUUUUGUUAUUUUUGUGUUUGCGAUCGUUUUUGACUCGGAUGCGAAAACGUUCUGGUUGGAUUGUUGGAAUAAAUUGAAAUAUAGUCCUUUGGAUGUCGAAAAUACUAAGAACACAACUUCCACUGCUAUUUUAAUGUCUUCUGUUACUAAAUCUGAAGAUGAUAAUUAGAUUUUUAAAAUAAUAUUUAUUUAUUUUUGCAGAUUAAUAUAACAUUGCAGUGUAGUUAGGCAACUUAAUAUACACAUAAAAUGUGCGGCUGUGUUGAUACCUUGUUAAUUAUCGAAUAAACUUUGUUGUAGAAAA